AAAUGUUCUGUGUGUAGUGCCGCGCCAUUACUCGCCGUUGCUCGUGUCAUAUGAUCGAGGAAUCAGUUGUUUCUCGAUCAGGGAGGGAAUAUCUAAAGUUCACUCUUCGCCUCCAAUAAAAGUAGAAAAUGUUCGAUAAAGCCCUGUUCGUUGCAUUUUUAUUGAGCACAGUACGAGCUAGUGGAGAUUUCAUAGUUCUGCAUAGUCCUGAUAGUGUCCAGUUUACAGGGAACGAAGAGAUAGAUCAAAGCCUUCUCAAAGAGCUUUUUACAGCGGCUCUUGGGUAUACGGUUAAGCAGAGGGGAACAUGGAGCGGUUUCUCGAUAAUCAAUCCCUUCGAUCUACCAGUAGCUGUUGUAGGGAUGGCCAUAGAAGGCGUCGACUCUUUAGAAUCACCGACAGGUAUGAAGUUUCCAUUAAAUGUGGACGAAGUAGAAGAAACAACAUGGCAGGCAUUAAGUGGUCGCCUCGAAGAAAGAGAUAAGAACAAUACCCUUGUACGAAUUUAUCUGGGCGAUGGAGUGGAUGCUCUCGGGCAAUCAGCUCUUGGUGAACUGAAACCAACUGCCAUGGAUAAGUCUUUGAAAUAUCUUAAUUUGAAUAACGAGGAAGAUCGAAAAUUUCUUGAAGAAGUCCAACUAUUACAUGCUAUCGCGAAGAAAGUACCUUCGGCGAUUCAUGUGGACUCUAAACCUGAUGUCUAUUGGCUCGUGGUGUCUGGAUUACGACCCGUGCUUGAUCUUCAUGGCAAAGAUUCGCCAGCUGUAAAGGAGGCUUUGUCUCUCCUUAAUAAUGGGCUCAAUGAUGUCUGCAAAGCUUUUAUGGAAGUAUACGACUACAAGGUCCUUAUUGCAGCUUUCACUAAUGAUGCUAGUCAAGUUCGCCAUACCCGUUCUGUGAUUCUUGAAAGACAAAUCAGAGACACGACUAAUUCCUCCAGUGAGCCUGUUUCGGAUGAUAACGAUAAGAACAUUGGAACAACCUCAGAACCUGAGGUGCCAAAAGAAACAGAACAUAAUAAAACUAGAAAGCUCAUAAAGCUAGAAGGUAAUGAAGAGAAUAAUGGAACUAAGGAGGCAGAAGAGGAAUCACAGUCUGUUACUACAGAUGAUAGUAUAAUAAUGUAUAUUAAUAACAAUGGUUCCACCAACGGUACCGACAAUGGCGAAGUGGACGAGAUAAGCACUAAGGUCAAUUCUGAAUCUGAUAGUGAAAAAACACAGGUGAUAGAAAAGGUCGAAGAUUUAAAUUUAGCAAAACAGUAUUCACCAGACUACCCCAUCAUCUUUAACAUUUUACUAUGGUUCGGAGUUGCCUUCUUCUUCUCGUUACUGGCAAUUUGCAUCGCUAUUGCUUCCAUGGAUCCUGGACGAGACUCCAUAAUUUAUAGAAUGACGUCCAAUCGAAUGAAGAAGGACAAUUAAUCAUAAAUCUACUGCAGUAUCGAGAGGACGAGCUAGAAAACAUUCAACGGCAGUACUGAAAAUGUUCUUCGUAACUUAAUAUUUAAAUUACAUAGCACAUACGCAUGUAAGAUAUCAUUGAUUACAUGUUCCAUUUCUGCAUUGUAUCGUUACAAAUAAGUAACUGUAUAAUUUCAAUAUGUAAGUAUUAAUAUCGUGUAUAAAUGUUCUUCCACAGCUAGAGUAUGUACCGAAUUAUUGGAAGACCGACAUUCCAAAAUUGAUUAUAGUUUAAGUUGCUGUGUAAAAGUUAUAGUCACUUUUUCUUUGUUAUGUGUGAAACGUGUACAGCAAGGUUGAUACAGUGUACAGUAAAUUCGAUUUGUUGGA